AAGAGGAAAUUCAGAAGGAUUUUGAACAAGAUUUGGAGGAAGAUAAUAGUCAGGAAGAAGAUGAGGGGACAGAUGAAGAAGAAAAGACAAAUAUAUGUCUACUUGCCGCACCUCUCAUAUGGAAAAAUAAACUGGAAAUAAGGACAGUUAAAGGUAUGCCAAAAUCAACUUAUUAUCGUAAGUUCGGCACUUCCAGUAUUCUUGCCAAUGCUGCCAGAGGAACUUCUAAAAUCACCAGCUUUUUCAGGUCUCCAACAUCGGCAUCAUCAAUGUAUUCAGCGUCUUUGGCAUCUUCAGUAACCCCAAUGUAUUCAGCGUCUUUGUCUUCAGUAACCCCAAUAUAUCCAACUAUAACCAGAUUUGAUAACAAUGAGGAUAUAAGUGAGGAUAGCGAUGAUAGUGGUAGUGGAAAUGGUAGUGAAGAUGCAUCUGUUGCCCUUGAAGAUAUAAUUGCUCAGCUUCAAAAAGACCUCCUGAAUAAUGAAAAAACAUUCACAGUUUUUGAAUAUAAUGAACGGCGAGUUUAUGAAUAUUUUGUAUGGCUAUAUGAUGGUCAUGGAAAAAUGAAAGUGAGUAAAAUCAUAGCAAGCAUAGUUUAUAUUUCCCCAAAACCAUAUAAAUACAAGAGAAUUUGCUUUCUUGGUGAAUUUUAUUUGCGUCAUGAAUGUUUUCCAGUCUCUUAUCGUGGUCAACAUCAAAAAUGCAAAAGAUUGAUUGAUGAUGAAGACGGUAUAUACUUUGAUGGACACGGGAGAGAGGAUGUUGUUGAAUAUCGGAAGAGGUUUUUGGAAGAAAUAAGAACUUUAGAAAGAAGGAUAGUGAGGUAUGAAGGAAGUAUUAUGGAGCCGAUUCCACCUGUACUUGGAGUAGGAAUUUGGGUGCAUGAUGAGAAAAUGCCAUUGUGUAAGAAAGGGAAUGGAAAGUCAAUUAUGGUGAGCGAAUUUCUUUUAGAAGUAUGUGAAAGUACGAAUCAUUUAACAUUUGCGGAUAAUGCCAUUGUGAUGCAAAGAAUGAACAAAGGCCCUGGAGGAAAGCAAAGUGUAAUGCGACUGACGACUUUUAUUAAUAGCAAUGGACAAUUAAUAGAACAAGAAAUGGUAUUUGAGAAGAAUUACUCUGACCCUAAUCUGAGAGGAAAACCUAAAGGAAUAAAAAGAGUUGGCUUGCAAAAUACUGUUCCACAAGUGCUUGAUUCAGUAGAUAUCAUUACGAUUAGAAAAUUUGCCAGAAAAUCAUGGAGAUAUAUGGAGUUAUAUCAUAAGGGACUGACAGGAAAAUUAGCAGAAUGA